AAAAGGUAGAGAAACAAACUCAGAAAAGGUGAAAGGUUGUGGGAAUGUGUCAAUUUGCUGGUCGCCGGUUGGCAAAGUGGUAUCUUGUCUCUUACUUUCAACUUUGACAGAAGCCCGGUAUAUUACACCCGAGGUCGGUGUAGCUAGAUCGAUAUCUUAAUUUAAUAAGCGGACAUGGCCAAGAAACGAAGAGAAAGACGAGAGGCCGAUAGUGUUUCGUCAGUAACGUUACACGAGGAACCGAAGACAACAUUUAACGAGGCACAAACCCUCAAAGAGACUCAAUACACUGGAGGGGGCUCAGCUCGCAUGUCUCUCCUCAUCCUGCUGUCUGUCUUCACCUGCGCUGCUUCUGUCAUGUACCUAGUGUACAGGAAUUUCCCAGAGCUCAACGAUGAUGAGAUGGCUACUAUUAAAAUCCCCAAAGAUAUGGAUGAUGCCAAAGCCUUGGGCACUGUACUUUCCAAAUAUAAGGACACCUACUACACCCAAGUGUUAGUAGCCUACUUUACCACCUAUAUCUUCCUCCAGACAUUUGCGAUCCCUGGAUCCAUCUUCCUCAGUAUCCUGUCUGGUUAUCUCUACCCCUUCCCCCUGGCUCUUUUCCUCGUCUGCCUGUGCUCUGGCCUGGGGGCUUCCUUCUGCUACAUGCUGUCUUAUCUAGUGGGGCGACCAGUGGUCUACAGAUACCUGACAGAGAGAGUCCAGAAAUGGUCCCAGCAGGUUGACAAGCACAGAGAUCAUCUCAUCAAUUACAUCAUAUUUCUGAGGAUCACUCCCUUUCUGCCCAACUGGUUCAUCAACAUCACCUCACCCAUCAUCAAUGUGCCUUUGGGGUUCUUCUUCCUUGGUACUUUCUUUGGAGUGGCCCCACCGUCCUUCGUGGCGAUCAACGCUGGUACAACACUGUACAAACUGACGACAGCUGGAGAGGCAGUGUCCUGGAACUCUCUGAUUGUGCUAGGUGUCCUGGCCAUACUCUCUAUCCUGCCUGUCUGCUUCCAGAAGAAACUGCAGCAGAAGAUGGAGUAGGCCCGAGACAACUCAUCUGCCUGCCUGAUCCCCCAGCCCAUCCCUUGGCUCAGGAAUGGUACACCCCGCUGUCACUCACAUAGUCCUGCCUGUUGCUGUCCCACACACCUGCUGAGGUUGCUGUGGAAACAUUGCUGUUGGCCCAACCCUGACUCCUGUGUCCAAAACAUGUGGUGGUGGCCACCUCAACUUUGUGCUCUACAAAGGACUAACUGGCCUCUGCUCAUCCUCGGGUUUGUUCUCCCAUUUUUGUUAAAUGUUGCUUGCCUGUAAAACGAUUUAAGGAAGGAUACAGAAAACAUCAGGCAUCUGUCUUUAAUAUUGUUUUAAUCACAAUUGUUCUCACAAGUUCAAGCUACACUUCCCUCCUUUGUAUUUCUUGAACCAUGUUUUGAAUUGAUUUAAUCUCUUAACCUGUGUGAUAUGGGUGACGUCAAAGCAAUACUGAUCAGAAUCGCAGUUUAGUGUUUUUGAUUUUCACAAAAUGUUAGGACUAUUGUUAUGACUGUUUUAUACACUGGUUAGAAUGUGAGUAUAUUAAAUCAUUUAGAAUGUUCUAUCAUUUGAAGAUAUUGUUAACACACCACCCUAAAAUGAUCUGUGUGCCAUCAAUGUUGACAUGAAAAAUAUGCAUAUGAACACAUAGUAUGAUACAUAUGAAACUCUUGAUGCUUUUGUUGAGCCUAUCAGUAAACAUAUGAAACGGCAUAUCAAGUAUUGAAAACUAGUGUUUUGUAUAAUAUUAUUUUAUAUUUGUUCUACUAAUGGUGCUGAGACUCCCUCUCUGCCUGUGUGCUCUCCCUUGUGUGUCACCAGUCCAAAUUUUCUGCCAGUUGAGAAAUGCAGUAGUGGAUGACCCAGCAGUGCCCUUUGCAAAGCUACCAAUUCGAUUUUUGGUUGUUCAUGCUUUUCCCAGGUGUUAGUGAUUUCACACUGCUACUUCAUGUACAGUGCCUUCAGAAAGUAGUCACACCCCUUGACUUUUUCAUAAUUUUGUUGUUACAAAGUGGGAUUAAAAUUGAUUUAAUUGUAA